UUACUCAUUAUUUAGUUAGUCUUUUGCUUUAAGAUGAUUCACUUCUUCAAUAACAAUUUAUUAUUGAUAACUGGAGUUCUUGUAUUAAGUUGAAUAAUAGAUGUUAUUGUACUAUUUACUAACACACUUACUCAAAUAUAAACCAACUUAUAUUACUCAAAGUUUGCACAAAUCCGAUUAUCAUGUGCUUACCAAAUGGGGUCAUCAAGGUUCAAAUACAAGGCCUCUCGGUCAUCUAUUAUCAAUUAGACGCGUCCUAAUUUUAUUAUUAAUUAACUAUUAUAUCUAAUUAUCUAUUCUCUUCCCAAGGACCCACCCUAUGACACUCCUCCUUCCUUGUAAAAAUAAAGUUGUUUGUUUUACAAAUUAGCUAAAAUUUGCGAAAUUAUGAUGUUAAUAUCAAAUAAGUACACCUUUGAUUUUAGUGGAUCAUAUACAUCACUGUUAUUUGAACAUAACUCGUUAUAAAAUUUUGAAUAUGUCAAUAAACGAUACGUAAAUUUCACAUCACACAUUUGUAAGGUUUAUAAUUCUCAAUUAGAUACUCCAUAAUUAUUAUUUUCAAUUAAUUUCUAUACAUAAUUUACCAACUUCUCUCCCGAUCAAGGGUGGGUCCAACACUCUAGCUCUGCCCCUGGCCAAUGGCCAGAUCAAUUGGAGUAUGGUAUAGUUCUUGAGUACGCCAGUCGUUAACCACACAUAUAGUGGCUUUUUCAGUGUUCUCACAAAAUGAGUGCAUACUAUGCACACAACUCUAAAAGUAGCAUAAAGACAUUAAAAUUUUAAUUUUAAUUGGUAGCAUUAGUCUAAUAUGAUGUUAUAUCAUAGGAUCAAAACUAAUCGAUGAAUUAUCCUAAGUUCUACACCUUCGAUUUUGAACCUUAAACUGAAACCCUAAUUCUAAAUUCCUAAACCCUAAAUCAUCCAAGUCCAUGUUCUUUCUUGUCCAUGAUAUCACAUAUGAUGAUUGACAUCGUUUUCGCAUGAAUCAGCCGCAGGAGAGAAAGAUGCAUAAUUGAACUCAAAUCUUACAUUUCAGUUAAUGGAAAAUUGAAAAUUUUCUUUGCAAAAAAGCUCAUCUUGCAAACACCAUCAACCCACAAAUUUGACCUUUCUUCACUACCUAAUUAUUUCGACCAUAAAACACCAUGUGCAUGAGUAAUGACUCAUGCAGCAUAUAAGCUAUCCAUAGAUUACACUAAUCAAUUAUAUACAGAAAAACCAUGCAAAUAAUGCAUGUGUUAUGACUAUUUAAAUGACAGAAGAACUUCACUAGCUAUACACAAAGAGAAAAAGCAAAGCAUUACGUAGUCGAGCUAGCUAAAAGCAAAUUCCUAAAGCUUGCAACUUCCCAGCAGAUCAGUAGCGAAGCCUGCUCGCAGCACUUCUCACUUCUUCGUAAACUGUUCUACCUAGUUCUAAUUAUUUAUUUUAUAGUUUAAUGGUUUGCUUUGCUAAUGUAUUUCAUUUUUUUCAUGGCAGGAUGGACCACGGCACCCGCUGCCACAUUUGCACCAGGGAAUGCCACACGGCCAAGGGUGUGAUACUGCAUCAGGAUUCGAAUCAUAAAGACUACAAGGACGGUGGAGUCCUGCAGCAGGCGCUUCGCGAACAAGGCGGACUUGGCAGAGCACAAGGACCGACGACACUAGCUAGUAGUAGUAGCAGAUCAGUUGACCAUCUAGAUAGUACGUACUGCAAAUCAUAGAUGGUUUUAGUAUUGUCAUUAUUAUGAAUUGUGUUUCUUAGUUAUGAAGUGAGGUUAUAGAGUUUAAAGAGUACCAACUGUGCGACUCCUUCGCUAAUCGAACUAUACUGUAGGAAGAUUUGGGAAAUCAGAGACAGUCGACAAAAUAGCUCGUUGGGAAUAAAUCAUCAUCCUAGAA